GUUUAUAUGCUACUUUUUCUUUACAAAAAUGAAGCAAUCAUUAACUUUGUAAUGACAUUGCCUUCUUCAUCACCCAUUUUGUGGAAGACAUUGCCUACAGGAACAUCAAGCCAUUCUGGUGAAUGUAUGGCAAAUGAAAUAAAGAAAGUUUUAGAAGAAAUAAAUCCUAAAAAAGUUUUGGGCAUUGUGACUGACAAUGCUGCAAAUAUGAAAAAUGCAUGGACUUGUCUAAAAGAUUGUUAUCCCCAUCUUCAUUGCUAUGGAUGCAUUUCACAUGGUUUAAAUUUGCUGUUUACAGACUUUAAAAUUGGCAACUUUAAGUGUUUUGAUGUCACAAGCAACUGAUAUUGUUAAAGAGAUAAAAAAUUCUUAUUUAUCUGUUGCAGCAUUUAGAGAUAUACAAAAAAAG